UUAUUUCCAAGUCCCGCCCUAGCCUGUCAAUGCAUUGGCGCGCUCCUCUGGUCCCCGGCGACUGCCCAGGCUGUUCGGGUGAAAACAUGGCAGGCAUGAGUGCGGCAGGUACUCGGUCAGCUUCGGCAGCUGGACCAGUUCAACAAGGACUUAAAGAAGCCCUGAUUGAGACUUUAACGGCUAUCCUGUCACCAGUUCAAGAAGUGCGAGCAGCCGCUGAGGAGCAAAUAAAAGUGUUGGAAGUGACAGAAGAGUUUGGAGUCCACCUGGCAGAGCUGACUGUCGAUCCUCAGGGAGCCCUGGCCAUUCGGCAGUUGGCCUCAGUCAUCCUGAAGCAGUAUGUGGAGACCCACUGGUGUUCCCUGUCAGAGAAAUUCAGGCCCCCUGAGACCACUGACCGGGCCAAGGCAGCCAUCAGGGAGCUGUUGCCCGGUGGACUCAGGGAGGCCAUUAGUAAGGUGCGCUCCAGCGUAGCCUACGCUGUGUCAGCCAUCGCCCACUGGGACUGGCCUGAAGCCUGGCCGCAACUCUUCACUCUCCUCAUGGACAUGCUGGUCAGCGGUGAUGUCAACGCAGUGCACGGAGCCAUGCGAGUCCUCACAGAGUUUACCCGCGAGGUGACCGAUACACAGAUGCCUCUGGUGGCCCCGGUGAUUCUGCCUGAGAUGUACAAGAUCUUCACCAUGGUGGAGGUCUACAGCAUCCGUACCCGCUCCCGAGCGGUGGAGAUCUUCACCACCUGUGCCAACCUGAUCUGUGCAAUAGAGGAGAUGGAGAAGGGUGCGGCCAAGGCCCUGAUCUUCCCCGUGGUGCAGCAGUUCACCGAGGCGUUUGUUCAGGCCCUGCAGAUGCCGGAUGGACCCUCCUCAGACAGCGGCUUGAAGAUGGAGGUCCUCAAGGCCGUGACGGCUCUAGUGAAGAACUUCCCCAAACCAAUGGUGUCGUCCAUGCAGCAAAUCCUGCCCAUCGUCUGGAACACCCUGACAGAGAGCGCUGCUUUUUAUGUUAGAACAGAGGUCAACUACACUGAGGAAGUAGAUGACCCCAUUGACUCUGAUGGUGAGGUCCUAGGUUUUGAGAACCUGGUGUUCAGCAUCUUUGAGUUUGUCCACACUCUGUUAGAGAACAGCAAGUUCAAAAGCACAGUGAAGAAGGCUCUGCCGGAGCUCAUCUACUACGUUAUCCUCUACAUGCAGAUCACGGAAGAUCAGAUCAAGGUGUGGACGGCCAACCCACAGCAGUUUGUGGAGGACGAAGAUGACGACACUUUCUCGUACUCAGUCAGGAUCUCAGCCCAGGAUCUGCUGCUGGCGGUGGCGACAGAGUUCCAGAACGAGAGCGCUGCUGCGUUAGCGGCGGCAGCAACACGACACCUGCAGGAAGCCGAGCAGGCCAAGAACAGUGGCAAUGAACACUGGUGGAAGGUCCAUGAGGCCUGUAUGCUUGCGCUGGGCUCAGUGAAGACCAUCAUCACAGAGAAUGUGAAGAACGGCCGGGUUCAGUUUGACAUGCACGGCUUCCUGGCUAACGUCAUCUUGGCUGACCUCAACCUCACAGCGGCCUCUCCGUUCCUGCUGGGCCGGGCCCUGUGGGCGGCCAGCCGCUUCACUGCCGCCAUGUCCCCAGAGCUCAUCCAGCAGUUCCUCCAGGCCACUGUCAGUGGCCUACACGGCAGCCAGUCCCCCUCUGUCCGCAUCUCAGCCGUGCGUGCCAUCUGGGGGUACUGCGACCAACUGAAGCUGUCGGAAAGCACCCAUGUCCUGCAGCCGUUCUUGCCCGCCAUCCUGGAGGGGCUGGUGCAGCUGGCGGCGCAGUUCAGCUCCGAGGUGCUCACCCUGGUCAUGGAGACCCUGUGCAUCGUGUGCACCGUGGACCCGGCCUUCACCACCAGUGCAGAGAACAAGAUCUGCCCGCUCACCAUCGCCAUCUUCCUCAAAUACAGUAACGACCCGGUGGUGGCAUCUCUGGCCCAGGACAUCUUUAAGGAGCUAGCCCAGAUCGAGGGGUGCCAGGGACCCAUGCAGAUGCGUCUCAUCCCCACCCUGGUCAGCAUUAUGCAGGCCCCACCGGACAAGAUCCCCUCCGGCCUUUGUGCUACGGCCAUAGACAUCCUGACCACGGUGGUGCGGCACACCAAACCCCCCCUGUCCGAGAUGCUAGUUUGCCAGGCCUUCCCCGUGGUGGCCCAGUGCACCCUCCGCACAGACGAUAACACCACCAUGCAGAACGGUGGCGAGUGUCUCCGGGCGUACGUGUCCGUGGCCCUGGAGCAGGUGGGCCAGUGGCGGGACACGGAAGGCCACAGUGGCCUGUGGUACGUGAUGCGGGUGGUUAGCCAGCUGCUUGACCCCAGGACAUCAGAGUUCACCGCUGCUUUCGUGGGCCGCCUGGUGUCCACACUGAUUGCCCGCGCCGGCACUGAGCUGGGCGAGCAGCUGGAUCAGAUCCUCCGAGCCAUCCUCAGCAAGAUGCAGCAAGCCGAAACACUCAGCGUCAUGCAGUCUCUCAUCAUGGUGUUCGCCCACUUGGUCCACUCUCAGCUGGAGCCUCUGUUGGAGUUCCUGUGCAGUCUGCCGGGCCCCACGGGUAAGCCGGCCCUGGAGUUUGUCAUGGCCGAGUGGAUGAGCCGACAACACCUCUUCUACGGACAGUACGAGGGCAAAGUCAGCACGGUGGCCCUGUGUAAGUUACUGCAGCAUGGCCUCAACACCAACGACAAGCGCCUCCAGGACAUCGUGGUCAAGGGGGAGGAGAUCUUCGGCCCCGACGAGGGCAUCCGCACACGCUCCAAGUCUGCAAAGAAUCCUGAAAGAUGGACCAACAUUCCGUUACUAGUCAAGGUCUUCAAGCUGAUCGUCAACGAGCUUUCGUCCGUGGUGGAGGCCAACGCCACCAGAGCUGCGGCAGCGGAGUGGAGUCAAGAUUCAGGUGGGAUGUGGGAGGACCAGGAUGCAGAGGUUGAAGACAAUGAUGAGGAAGAGGAGGAGGAGGAUGAAGGGCUAGCCGGGCAGCUUCUGUCUGACCUCAUUGCGUCUAACAAAUAUGAUGAAGACUACUAUGAGGACGAUGAUGACGAAGAAGAUCCAGAUGCCUUAAAGGAUCCCAUAUACCAGAUAGACCUCCAGGCCUACCUAACAGAUUUCUUGACCCAGUUUGCCCAGUCUCCGUGCUACAGCAUGUUCUCUGGCCACCUCAACGAUGCAGAGCGACGAGUCCUGCAGACGAUCGGCAUUUAAACCUGCCCCUUUCCCCUUCCCUACAUCAACCCUGCUAGAACUCUCUCGCACAACCCCGCCCCCACGCUCACCAACCAGUCUCCGACCCCCCGAGUAUGGGAGAGGAUCUGAUUGGCCAGGUGAUUGUUGACGCUUCACCUCCAUCUUCAACAGAGGAACACGUUUGGACGGGGAGAGGAGACAGACAUGCACUUACCCAUAAGCCCCUGUCAGUCUGUUCUGACUGAAAGUAUGACUGGGGGAAAACUGCAGACUGGUGGAGGGAUUCGGAGGAGCUUGGUGGAAGGUGUUGAGGGACACCUACUUCUGAUCCCACGGGGGGCUGGGAGACGAUUGUGUGGAUCUGUUCCUCUGUCUCCACGCUCCUCCGCCCUCUGGGACUCGUUGCGGGACUUGGGAUCUGACAGAGGGGUUGACGUCUUGCAGCAAUGGGACAGGCAGACAGGGCAACUAUGAUGUAUGAACAGAGUGUUUACUGUGUCCCAUUUGUAUCUCAGCCCACUUAUUUUUGUGCUUCUGUAAAAAAAUAAAAAUAAAAAGAAUAAUGCAAACUUUCAAGAAAGAGGCAAAGGGACUUGAUGACGGUUGACAGAGAAAGAGAAACAUAUCCUUGAAACAGAGUGCGAAACAUCGGCGGCCUUAUUUUCAGAAACCAUUGACUCUUAGGAUUGGAAUGGACCUCUGGUCACCUCCAGGGUCUGGGUGGGUAUGAGGGACUCACACUAUUGCCAUGGUGACUCCUUUCUCAUUUCCUGUACCCACUGGAGUUGGGAUGACAUUUCUAAAUAAAAGUCCCAACAGGACACCAUUUCUAGUUUCA